AUGUCUGCAGCUGUCCAAAUAGCGGCUGUCGCGGAAGAUCCGCUGACCAGUCCUAUUCCUCAGGAGAAGGGAGAUGUCGCAGCUCUUCUUCUUGAAAGAUUAGAUGCAUGGAAGCAUGCAUGUGGAUACCUUGAGGAAUACGUCGAGGCGACAGCGAAUUUGCACAAAUCAUUGUCCAGGGACUAUGAUAAGGUUUUGAAGACGGUAAAUGAGCCUCUACGAGAAGGCCACCAUUUCGCUCAGGCGAACGGCGGUGUUGCCUCAUUUUUCGAGAAUAUCCGUGCGAAUACACAGGCCCUUGCAAACACUCAAUUGGAGACCGAGAAGGCUCUCAGAGGGCAACUUCUUCCAACUCUUAACCGUCUACACUCCGAGAUCAAGAAUAAACAUAAGGAACUCACCUCCGGGGCCGCCAAGGGCGCCAAAGCCGUCGAAAGGGCUCGAGGACUUACACAGAAACAACUCGAGCAUCUUGGUACCAAUACCGCCAAUUUUGAUAGCGUCGGUGGGAAGAUAGAACCAGUCCAAGACCCGUAUAUCAUCCAACGAGCGGUGCAGCACCAUUUGCACAAGCAGGUUCUCGAAGAAAAUGCACACAAGAAGGAUCUUCUGGACGUCCAGAACAACUUCCUGGUCUUCGAAAAGCAUGUUCUCGAGACUCUCCGCGGCGCCUUUAGCCAAUUCUUCCAAAUCGCCGGCGGUCAAACCGAUAAAAACAAGCAGUUCUAUGCCGACGUAAACGCUAACUUCCAAAACAUCCCCGACGAAUUCGAAUGGACCAACUUCACCGUUCGUUCCGCAGAAAUUCUCAUCGACCCCACAACCCCCAAUCGUAGCCUUGAUGCUAUCAAAUUCCCUAACCAGAAUCACCGUUCCUCGCAGCCUCUUAUAAAUGGGUUGCUCAGCCGCAAAGGCAAGAUUAUGAAGUCAUACGAUUCAUAUCACUAUGCUGUUACUCCGGCGGGUUAUUUGCACGAAUUUAGCAAGAAUAACGAUUUCAAGGAAAACCCUGAGCCGGAACUUUCGUUAUACCUGUCUGAAUGUGUGAUUGGAGCCCCGCCUGCGGCUGGAGAAGCCAAGUUUAUUGUCGCUGGAAAGGAUGCGAACAAGAACCAGCACCUCACUGGUAAACAUGAAUUUUCAUUCAAGGCCGGUGGACACGAUGAGGCAAUGAAAUGGUACAGCAUUAUCGAGCAAUUUACUACCGGAAAACUUACUCGCCAGAACUCCAUCGCGUCGACCAAAUCCCCGGUCUCAGAUCCAACAUCUCCAGUCAUCGUUGGCGAGACCAUCCCUGAAGAAAAGCCCGCUGUAGCUAAGGCUGCAGUUGAGGAGAAGCCCACCGCCCCACCGAUCGAUACUAAAGCUGCUGCAAAGCCAGAAGCUUCUGGCUCAACAUCUGCCCCUGCUUCCGCUAAGGUCAAGAGCCCCACAACUGGCACUUCUGAGAAAGGGGAGAAGUCACAUAAGAAGUUUGGAUUGUUUGGAAGGGGUUGA